GGUUCGACUUUUAAGAAAUUCGAGUUAUAAUGAGUUCAAGAACUGAGGUACCACUGUACUUGUCUGGCUAGUAGGGAUGCCCUGGAAUAUGAAUUUAUUAUUCAGAAAUGCACAUAUAAUGCAUUGUAAACAUAUUAUUUCUGCCCGAUGUUUUUCUAACUAGUUAUUCCAUUUGUUACAAAUGAUUUAAAAGUGAUGGCUGUUCUAUAUAUUCUGUACUUGACCCACCAAGGUGGCGCACAACAGGCAGCGCGCUGAGACCUGACCUUUCCUGGCCGUCACUCUGGGAAACUUGCAUGGAGAAGGAAGUCUCAGUGUCGUGUAGAUUUCACUCAAACCGCUAAACCUAUACAUCACUUCUCAUUUUUAGCUGUAUGUGUUAAUUCCUUCCAUUAAAAAAGUCGUUAUAUUGAUGAUAAGAUUAAAAAAAAAAAAAGUUUUAUACAACGUGUUGUAUUUCAGUCAGUAUUUACCGUGUGUCUGUCGGGCAGUAAUAAUUGGAGUUGAACCAAUUAAGACCUUGAAAAGUCUUAAAUUUAAGUUUACUAGGUCUUAAUUUUUUGAGGUCGUUCAAAGUGGGUCCCCCUUAUCCGUAGUUUUGUUUACGUUUAGUCUGAAAAUAUUAAAUGGAAAAUUCCAGAAAUUAUUCAUAAAUUUUUAAUUGUGCACCAUUCUGAUUAGUGUGACGAAAUCUCACACUGUCCCGUCCAGGACGUAAAUCAUCCAGGAAGUGAAUACAUUACCUGCCUAUUAGUCAUUUAGUAAACAUUGCGUAUCAGGUCGACUGUUAUGGCAAUGGUUGUGUUUUUUUUAUAUUAAAAAACAAUACUUGUGAAGGGUGAGUUACAGUACAAUAAUAUAUUUUUUUUGAGAAAGACCACAUUCACAUAACUUUUAUCCCAGUAUUUUGUUAUAAAUGUUCUAUUGUUGUUAAACUCUUAUUGUCCCUAAUUUAUAAGAAACUUUAUCCACAUCAGAUAUACCAUGUCAGAUGCGCCGAGAGGCAACACAGGUAUUCCAUACCUGGUUCCUUCGGUACCUCGGUGGCUUGAACAGCAAGUCAGUAUGUGCAGCUCCAUCCCAAACAUAAGCACGGCUGGUGUGCACUAUGCGGAGAUCUGGGGGGGUGAAGAGGGUUGUGCAGGUCUUUACAAUGCUCAGCUGCUUACAGACCUCACCAAACACCUCUGCCUCAAAGUUCCAUCCCUGGUCACUCUGUAGAAAGUGGCAGAAGAACUGCCUAUUGAGCUUUUCGGCUGUGGUUGCUCUGCUGUGGUGGGGAACCAUGUUACCCUUGGGCCAGUUGGUGAAGUCGUGCAUGGCCAUGAGUAUGUAGCAAUUCCCAGUAUCGCCACAGAGGAAGUGACUCAGGAUGGCUGGGUGACUCAGCUACUUGGGACUAGUGGCUUGGACCCUUCGGGGGGGUGCACAUGUCACAAAAGGGUGCUAUAGUUCUGUGUCCUGAUUGCUGCCAAGCUAAUAGAAGUGGCAAUGCAGUUUCCCCAAAGGCACAAUGCUCAGUUCUCAGGUUCCCUCUCUGGUUCACUGAUGCUUCCUUCCGGCAUGAUUUUGAAAUUUUUGCUCAUUGAAAUCAUUGAAUUAAGUUUUUGCCCAAUAAAUAACACAUUCACUUACUGACUGGCCACAUGUUUUCAGACUAAGAUGAAUACUAAACUUUGAAUUUAAAUCUAGACAGAAUUUAGCAAGGUGGUGUUAUGAUCAAGUCCAAAUAGUAUGGGUACAGCACAACUGGCUUAUUGUGAUGGUCAUGUUUUCAACACCAUUUAACUGUCUGAGGCUGUUACAGUGAAAAUGCAGAAAACAAAACCUCAAACAACCUCAUCUGACGCCUAGUUUUCCAACUCAACAUCUUUAGUUCCAUAAAACACAUUUUUCUGCCACAGCAUUGGAAGGAAGAGUAGUAGCAUUGAUUAUUAUCCCUGGCAAACUGUGCAAAAAUUGUAUUUAUUUGACGUUUCAUAGACCCUCCCACCUCGUGUGGGUUACAGUCCCCCACGAUCUGGGAAAAAAGAAAUUGCUCCCCUUGGUGAACAAAUCGAAGUGAAAACAUGCAAGAAAUGUGAGAUACAAAGACCACCAUGAGAUCACUGCAAGAUAUCAUAGAAACUUAACAAGCAACUUCAUCUCCCACCUACAAUCAAGCAUCGCAAGUGUUCCACAUCCGGAGAUGACUGUAGAGGAUGUGAUGCUCUCCCUCCAGUGGGAUCUCCCUCCAACAUCUGUCUGGGAGUCUGUCCAGAACACCUCCAGUCCUGCUUGGAGUACGGUCAGUCUAGAGCAUCUCCAAGCCCAGUACUGUAUGGGAGACACCUUAGAUGUGCGUGUGGACAUGCGGGACCACAGUGGGAGGCCCAAGACUCAUGGAGGAGACUUCAUAUUGGCCCGGAUUCACUCCCCCAAACUACAGGCCUCCGCCGCAGGAGCCGUCACUGACCUCCGCAACGGCUCCUACCGUGUCCGCUUCACCCUGCUCUGGCCUGGGGAGGUGCAAGUCUCUGUGCUCCUCAUGCACUCCUCUGAGGCGGUGCAGGCCCUGUGGAGGUCCAGGCAGCUCAACUACAACAAGAUCACACACAAAGGAAACUUUGUCAAAGGGAGCAAAACUGAGACGUCUGAGUGCGGCUUCCAGCUGAACGCGAGUAAAUCCCUGUGCGAGUACAAAGACGAGAGGGACGGAGAAUCCUACGCCUGUUACACACCCCCAACCCUGCCCUGUCACUCGAUUGACACCAUGUCUUCAUUCAACACUCCAGGAUCUGCACUCACUAAGGAGGAAGCUUCUCUACUGACCGGGAAUCACAUCGGGGUGAAGAUAAAGAACAAAUUUGGUAACGUGGAUGUCAAAAAUUGCUGCGUUAUUCCCAACAGCAGAGGUAGGGAUUGCAUCCAGAGAAUCAAUCCCAGCAUCCCAAAUGGGUAUUUCUGGAGAAACCAGUGGUCUUCCUUGUACUAUCAAACUGGCAGCUUCUUCACUUUGAAGUCCAUCAACAGCUGCCUGAAAGGAAAGACACUCUAUCUUAUGGGAGACUCUACAGUUCGCCAGUGGAUUGAGUAUUUGAUUACAAUACAAAAAGAGUUUCAGUCAAUUUUAAACUCUGUUAAAGGCAUUUCCUCCAUUAAGUUUGUGAACCCUAAGGGAGAGUACAGCAUCCAGUGGAAAGUACACAACUAUCCUUGGAUAACUGCCCAUAAAAGCAAACUCAGUGAAUCUUCCUAUAUUUCCCGGGAUUUGGAUACUAUCGGAGCAGAGGGAGAGGACACAGUGGUGGUGAUCGGAGUGGGCCAGCACUUCCGGGCCUACCCCCUGGAGCUCUUUAUCCGCAGGUUGCUGAGCCUGCGGGGGGCCAUCCAGAGGCUGCAGGCCCGCAGUCCCGGGACCCGCAUCUUCAUCAAGAUGGAGAACACCAGGGAGCUCUCCUCAGAACCAGAACGCUUCAGCGACUGGCACGGACACCUGCAGAACCUGGCUCAGAGGAAGGUGUUCGGGGACCUGGAGGUGGGGUUUGUGGAUGCCUGGGAGAUGACAGUGGCUGCCAACACCUUUGCCACCCACCCCAACCCAACAUUCAUUGCCAGUGAGGUGGCGGAGUUUCUGUCCCGUCUCUGUCAUAUUGCCCAGGGUACCAGUGCCAGGCCGAAGUCAUAGAACAAAUUCUGCUAAUCAUUCUUCAUAAUUUUGGGUAUAACUCUGUCUUAACUCUCUUUUUAUAGAAAACUCUUUUUGUUUGUUUUUUUGAACUGUCACCUAAAUGUGCAAGUGUCAACAACAUACUUCUUCUCUGGUACAGAAUAGUAAGAUGGACUGGCAAAGGAAACUGGGAAAAUUCCAGCAGACUCCAAGGGGUAAAAUAGAAAAAUAGCAAGUUGGACACAUUUGACCAGGGCUGGCCUGUUGUAUAGACACCUAGGGCACUAUUUGAUUACAGGGCAUAAAGGGGUGAGUGAAAACAAUCUGAAGAAUUACCUGCUUCCAUAAUGCUACAGGUAUUUGCACUAGUUUUCAUAUUUCAAUACAGUGGUACCUCAGUUCUUGAUCUCAUUGAUAGACAGUACUGUAACAGUAAUUAUUAUUAUAUAAUAAAAUACAUUUAAAAA